CCACCAUUUCCAUUAUUAUUGAAUAAUAAUGUUAAUAAUCAUAAUCAUGAUCAUCAAACAAUGACCUUUGUUGAUAAUAAUCCACGUGCAUCAUUUCAUUCAUUUCAAUCAAUGCCAUUAGCUAAUUUUGGUCGUCAUGAUGAUGAUGAUGGUGUUGGUAAUGUUUGCCGUGUUGUAUCCGAAAUAAAUGUAAAUCAUCAUCAUAUUGAUGAUCCAUUAUUUUCGGAUCAAAUUCCACCACCACCAUAUCAUUUUGAUUCAUCACAAUCAACAACAAAUCUUGAUAAUCUAAUAAUCGAUACGAAUCAAAUGAUAAAUUUUGAUUAUAUUGAUUCAACAACAUCAUCAUUAGAUUCACAAUUAUCGAAUCAACAUAAUAAACAUCUACAACAUCAACAACAGCAACAAUUACAACAAACAUCAUCAGCAUCGACAACAAUAACGGCAACAAUGUUUUCAUAUGAUAAUCGUUCAUCAACAAAUUCUUCAUCAUUAAAUCGUCAACAAUCACAUUCAACAACGGAUUUAAUUCUAAUGCAACAACAACAACAACCACCACCACCACAAUUUGAACAAUUAUUCGAUCAACAAGGUUAUCCAAUACAUAAUGAUGUUACAUUGAUAGAUAAUCAUUUAAUAAUGCCUAAAUCUAUAAUCAUACCAACAAUGCCAUCACCAUAUGAUCGUUUAAUACAUUUUCGACAACGUCAUCAACAUUUAUUAGUACCAUCACCAACAUCAUCAUUGGUACGAAGACGUUCAUUACCAUCACAACCAUCGGCCGAAUUUAUUCAUAAUCAUAAUCAAAAACAUUCACAUUAUCAAUCAUCAUUACAUGCAGAUGGUAAUGUUGGUGGUCAAUAUCAAUCAAAUUCUUCGGGUUAUGGUAUAACACCAACAUCAUCAUCAUCACCAUUACCACCAAUAUUAUCAAAAGAAAGACGUAUUGGUCAUCGACGUGUUAAUGAAGAUGGACAAGUUACAUAUAAAAAAAUUAAAUCCACACAAUUAAUGUAUUCAAUACAAUUGGGUAUUGGUUAUUCAGUUGGAUCGAUGGCAUCAAAACCUGAACGUGAUUUAUUAAUGCGUGAUUUUAUGCAAAUCGAAACCGUUCAUUUUCCAAAAUCCGGUUCACAAAUUACACCUGCACAUCAUUAUACUGAUUUUACAUUCAGUACAUAUACACCAUUUGCAUUUCGUUAUUUUCGUGAUCUAUUUCGUAUACAACCAGAUGAUUUUAUGUUAUCCAUAACAAAUGAAUCAUUACAAGAAUUAUCAAAUCCAGGUGCAUCUGGUUCAAUGUUUUUUCGUACACGUGAUGAUCAAUUUAUUAUAAAAACUGUUGAAAAAACUGAAGCAAAAUUUUUAUUAAAAUUAUUACCCGGAUAUUAUAUGAAUCUAAGUCAAAAUCCACAUACAUUAUUACCGAAAUUUUUUGGUCUUUAUUGUUAUGAAUGUAUUGGAAAAAAUAUACGAAUACUUGUUAUGAAUAAUCUUUUACCAUCAAAUAUACCUAUACAUCAAAAAUAUGAUCUUAAAGGAUCAACAUAUAAACGAAAAGCUAAUGGUGAUGAAUUGAAAAAAACAUCACCAACAUAUAAAGAUUUAGAUUUUUUAGAAUAUUAUUAUAAUGAUGAAAAUAAAGCAUUGAUAACACAUUUUUCUAAAAUGGCUGAUCUGCAAAUCAAUAUCAGUACAGCCAGUAAUAAUGGUGGAAAUAUUAUUGGCAGCGGUGGUGGUGGAAUCGGAACUACAACUGCAAAUACUAAUACUGUUGGUGGUUGUAAUGGUGGUGGUGGUAAUAUUAGUAUUUGUGGUGGUAAUGAUGAUUUAGCAAGAUCAUUUCCAACAAAAGGUGGCCUAUUACUUGAUGCACAUGUUUAUGAUGAAUUAAUUGAAACAUUACAACGUGAUUGUCGUGUAUUACAAUCAUUUGAAAUAAUGGAUUAUUCAUUAUUGAUUGGUAUACAUAAUUAUGAUCAAACAAUAAAAGAUCAACAAAAUCAAUCAAUUAAUAAUAAUAAUAAUCAAUGUAUGUUUGAUUAUGAUAAUGAUGAUGAAUUACCUGCUGGUGCAAUUCGUGCUAUGAAUCGUAAAGGUGAACGUUUAUUAUUAUUUAUGGGUAUCAUUGAUAUAUUACAAAGUUAUCGUUUAGUAAAAAAAGUUGAACAUGCAUGGAAAUCAAUUUUAUAUGAUGGUAGAACAAUUUCGGUUACAAAACCAGAUUUUUAUGCAAAAAGAUUUUUAGAUUUUAUGUGUAAAAAAGUUUUUGGUCGUUUACCCAUUGCAUUGGAUCAAACACAACAUCAUCCAUCAUCAUCAUCAUCGUCGUCAUCAUCAGCAGCAGUCGCUGCCGCCGCCGCCGCAGCAAAACCGAAUUAUUAUAAUUAUAAACGACAAAAUAGUGCAACAACAAUGCGAUAUCAACAACAACAACAGCAACAACAACGAACAUUAUCGGGAUUUCGUUCGGGUAGUCAACGAUUUGGUUAUGGUCGAUAAAAAAAAAUAUCAAUGAAAAUGAUGAUGAAAGAAUUUCCCUUGUUUUUGUUCUCAUGCAUAAUAUCUAUUGAUCAACAACAGUAUUAUUACCAUACAACCACUUUCAUAAUCAUCAUCAUUCAUUCAUUCAUUAAUGUUUCCAUAAUCAUUGAAUUUUUCUUCAUUUUAUUUUUUUUUUUUGUUCUUAAAUUUAAAUUUUUGAUGAAAAUAACAAUUGUCUGUGAUAUAAACAAACAAACAAACAAACAAUUUAUUAACAAAAAUCUUUCCACUAUUUACCAGAGAAUUUUCUGAAUUCUGUAACAAGUUUUAUUUUCUCACUUUUUUCUCUCGCUCUUGGUUUUUAAUUUAUCAGAUUUUGGCGCCAUACACCAGGAUUCAGAUUUUUUUUUUAA